AUGGCAUCACGAUUAAGCGCGUGGGGAAACCCUCUGCGGCAACAGUUUUCAUUAUCGAGAAGAACUCCCAACGUUUCAUAUUCUACUCUGCCGCUCGGGAUACCUUUGGAGGAAGAGACUCUGCCUUACUAUAAACCCGAGCAUUACUACACAGUCAACAUUAGAGAUGUGUAUGAGGCCAGAUACCAGGUCUCAGGAAAGAUUGGUUAUGGGGCGUAUUCCACAAGUUGGCUAUGCCGAGAUCUUCAAGAGAACAAGUAUAAAAUAUUGAAGGUGUCUACGUCGCUGCCAACUCACCCAACUGCAACCGAUCGCGAGUUGAAGAUCUAUGAGCAUCUGGCGAAUGUCAAUUCUUCGCAUCCCGGCCAAUCACUAAUCCGCGAGCUUUACGAUUCAAUUGUUAUUCAAGGUCCUGUUGGGAAGCACCGCUGUUUAGUGCUGCAACCGAUGCACAUGACACUUCUUGAGAUGAUGAGACUAAAUCCGAGGCCGUUUGACCUACCCCUCCUCAAGAUGACUGUCAAGCGACUACUACUAGCCCUUGACUUUUUGCACACUGACGCCGAGAUCAUUCAUACUGAUCUAAAGACUGAUAAUUUGAUGCUCAGUCUGGAGGAUGAUAGUAUGCUGGCGGAUUUUGCAAAGGCAGAAGCUGAAGAUCCAAGCCCUCGGAAGAAGGUUCAUGAGUCACAUAUUAUCUACCAGAGGCUCCCUAUACUUUGUGACUUUGGCGAGGCACGAAUUGGAAAAAGACAGGAGUCCGGCCCAUUCGUCCAACCACAUAUUUAUAGAGCACCAGAGAUAAUUUUCGAGAUGCCGUGGGGAAGUCCUGUCGAUAUCUGGAAUUUGGCAGGCUUGAUUUGGGACCUCUUCGAAGGGGAGCAUCUGUUUGGGGAGAUAUUUGAUAGAAAAGGAGGUCAUGACCCCUUCAAACAUCUGGCGCUCAUGGUUGCAUUGAUUGGACCGCCACCGCAAGAAUUUAUCAGACGUAGUGAGACGACGGAGCAGUGUUUUGACCCCAGGGGCGCCUGGGUGGCCCAUGACGAUGCAGCCAUACCAUUGGUCUCGCUGGAGAGCGUGGAGAGGCGACUGUCUGGGCAAGAGAAAGCAUCGUUUAUCCAGUUUAUGAGGUCAAUGCUUAAAUGGCUACCGGAGGAACGCAAGACAGCAAAGCAACUGCUCGAGGAUCCAUGGUUGCUCUAA